UGACGGUUGACCUAGAUUUAUCGCAAGCAUCAUUGUGCGACUCUGUACCGUCAUUUUGUUUGGAUAGACGUACAUCCAUUGGUCACAAAGUUAUGGAAGACUUGCCGCCAUCUUUGCAGCUUACACACGGUGUAAUUGGGUAUCAUGACUUUCCGAUUCCAUCAACGAACCACAUGGAUUAUGCUGAUGUUGGUGUAUGGAUUGACACCAGUGUGCCUCCACCGCAUAUAGUGAAGCCUUGUAUAUCGAGCGCACUUAAGCGGAUUUUACAUAUAGAUGGAAAUAACCGCAACCCACUGACUCCUAUUAAUGCGUUACGUAAUCAGCAGCCUAUUAGCGACAUGAUGCAGAGGACACAACCUAACUCUCCAGCUCCCACAGGCUAUUGCAGAAUGCAUGGACUCUUUCCCUCGAAGCAUUUUCCAGAGGGUCAUACUCAGUUUCAACCCCAUCCGUUGUGGCCACCUCCAAACCAUUUUCCACCGUUGGAAAUACGCGCACUUUUUCAACAAUUUCUAACCUGGGUCCAGGCACACGGCUUGAAACCCAGUGUUUACAACACGACCUUAAGAAUCUUCUUCAUAUCUCACAUCCAUCUUAGUAUUUUUGAUAAACAUUCUCUCUCUUUACUCUAAGAUCUACACACUACGCUUAUUUGUUUUGGUGCAUAAUCCUG